AUGACAGAAGUAUCAAUCAAUGCAAUGUCGUCAACAGCAUCCACUAGUGAACCUCCCAUGAAGAAGAAAAGGCGUAAUAGAACUGUACUUGUUUGCAAUGUUUGUAAACUGAGGAAAGUUAAAUGUGAUCGAAAAGUGCCUUGUUCAAGUUGUAUUACAUACAAGACUCAAGACAUCUGCUCAUAUUCUCAAUCCAUCAGAGGUACUUGGAGUGAUAGCCAAGGUGAGGAACAACAGAACGAACCAAGACAAAAUUAUGAAGAAGUUACGCAAUUUGUUCAACAACAGAGACAAAACAUCAUUCUAAACAAUUUGCAACUGCCCCAGAUUAUUCCACCACAUGUAAACAACUUAUUGAAUACAGCUCCUACUGCACCACUUGAACAAAACCCAAGUCCCCUUUCUCAAAUUGCGAAUUCUCAAUUGCCUCCAUCAUCUUCGCUUUUAUCGUAUCCCAGUUCAUUUGGCCAAGAGAAUAGUAGUACAUUUCCCACUGUCCUUUACCCUUCCAAUAUUGCACCAAAAAGCUCCAUCACGUCACUUAAUUCUAUUCCAUCCAAAAAGUCUACUUCCCCAACCUCACAAUUAGGGACCAAUGUUCAACGUAUUAACACGACUCCAAUCGUACUGGGUUCAAUUGCUGAUAUUCCUUCAUCAGACGCGUAUCUUGUCACAACUCAAUUAUCCGAUAUAUUAACGCGUUUUGUUAACAAGGGCUCCGUGAUCGGAGUAAAUCCCAUUGGUUCUCCAGAUGACACAAUAUUCUUUUUUGAUUAUCCAUCUUAUGUCGAAAAUCUGGAUAAGCUGCAAGUAAACCAUGGUCCAUUCACUUGGCAUGCCUUAUUCAAACAAGAUGCCGCAUUGUAUGACUUGUGGAAAUUCAUAUCUAUCAAAUCACAAGAAUUUAAAGAAGCUAGCAGGAAACAAAGACCACAAGCAGCCCCGUCUGCGUCACCUACCCCGAUAUCCAGGUCAGCGUCACCUCCACACAUUGGAAUGGCAGAGCUUGGAGGGAUACUAGCGGCAGCCCCAUUCCAAGUGUUGCUGAGAAUGGAUUUAAGUACAUAUAAAGAAUUCGAUUCACUGAAGAAGAAAAUUAAUAAAACUGCUAUUCCAUUAGGAAUGAACUUUACUACCAAUCAAGAAUAUUUCAAUGAUAAUUCAAUUGAUUUGCUGGAAAAAGUGGUAAAACUAUUACCUAGUAAGAAAAUCGUUUGGAUUCAUAUCAAUAGAUUUUUCAAAGUUUUAUACCCUUUCAUACCUUUUAUUGACGAGUUUACAUUCAAGAAGGCGAUAACGAAACUAAUUGGAGAAGAGACCAGCGAAGAGAAUUACAUUACAUUUGUCAAUAUCUCAGAUAAUCUAGAUUAUGCUCAUAUGGGUAUGUUAUUGAUAAUAUUAAGAAUGAGUUUUCUAUCCUUAAUUUCAAAUAACGAAGAAUUGAAUAAUUUCGUUUUGAAAAUAGGUAAACUUCCAGAUCACAUGUCUAAAUUAUUCUCAGCGGAAGAAGUUAAACAUUUGCAACUAUUAUUAAAAAGUGAAAUUGGUAUCGAAUUCAUAGAUUUAGCAAGAAAUUGUAUGACAAAGUUCCAAUUAUUCCAAAAGACAAACCUAACAAUUUUACAGUUCGCAAUGUUGAUGAGAGUUUACUUUUAUUUGGCACCCGAGGACCCUGAAGGACCAGAUAGGAAUCAAUUUCAAAUUUAUAAUGGAACUUUGAUCCAAAUGGCCCACGCAAUUGGUUUAAACAGGGACCCAGAAAAGAUUCACGGAUCAACAGACGUGAAAGCCAAUAAUAUUAAAAGAAAAAUGUGGCACUAUUUGGUUUAUUUAGAUGUAUUCCAAGGUAUAUCAUAUGGCGGUCCCUUGUCUACUGACUUACAGUAUUCAGAUACAAAAUUCCCCUUUGCCGAGGAAGGUAACACAAAUAUUAAUUUUGAAUACCUUGAUGGGUUCAUUACCAAAGCGUAUUAUAGAAUCAAGGAUUUACCUACGCAUUGGAGAAACAUAUUAAAUGUUGUCUUAAAUGUUAACGGUCCGGUGAAGAUGAUUGAGUUGACAGAAAAGAUGAAUGCUUUGGAACUAUAUGUUGCCGAGAAUCUCGGAAAAAGUUGUUCAGAAUUUGCCGAAGCAGUUAAUCAAUUGAAUAAUAAUGACUUAUUAGAUAAGGUAUUUUAUCUCCACUAUUAUUUUCAAUCCCAUAAAUUCCUAAUUAAUAUCUAUAGUCACAUGUUCCUUCAUUACGAAAAACAAAGGAAUUUAGAUUUGGCAUUCUUUUACCUCAAGAAAUCCCUUUGUAUUUUAAUCAAAGAUUUCUUACCCAACUCAUUCCGAUUAAUGGAUCAUCAACAUUAUUUCUUUUGUCAUUUUGCCAACUUAUUUGUCAAUCCAAAUAUAGAAUGUUUUAUACAUAACACCAGUGGCCUUUUAUUUUCCAUAAUAAUCAGAGUUGAGUACACUCUCCGUGCUUUGAAGUUGAAAGGGGCAGAUAUUGACACCCCUAAUGCCAGGAGCUAUAUGGAGAGUUUGGAACAAUUGAAGUUUUGGCUUAUUAAAUGUGCCAAGGUUUCAACUAUAGCCAUGUCGAGAUUGGGAAAAAGAUAUUUAUACGCUUGGAGAAUCAGUAAAUCCCAUAUAUUCAUCCUCAAGAGUAUUCAACUGGAUGAAUACUAUCAGCCUUUGAAUGACAUUCAGAAUCAAACCCCAGGGUAUCAAACCAGAUUGAAAACAUUAACAAACUUCAAAUUAAAAAUUGGCCAAGUGAAUGAUCUCGUGGAAUUAUUAAAAAGCUCAUUGGUGAAUCUAGAUAAAUCUGAAUUGACUAAGGAUUUUACAGAAUUAUUUGGAGCCGCGUCAGAGGAUCCAGUUGAAGAACAUACUCGAGUUCUUGGAGGAAGUUCCAGUGAAGAUUUUGCAUUGGAACUUGAUGAUUUAUUUGCCAAGGUUAGUAUGAGGAUGGAUCCGGCCGUAUUUGAUGCGACUCAUGAGAUUGCAACUGAUCCUAUGCAGUUUCAAGCCCAGGCACCAAUACCUACGAAUAUAAUAACCUCUGCGAUUGAAAAUUACGUAUCGUUGGACAAUCCAUACUUUGAUGUUUUUAAUGAUUUACCAUUAGAUCAAUUACUCAAGAGUUUUGAUCAAUAA